AUGCAACAACAAGGUGAAACGUCGGUGUUGAGUUUGAGACCCGGAGGUGGCGGCGGCAGAAGCAGGCUUUUCGUUCCGCGUUUUAGCUCUUCUUCCUCUUCUGAUCUUACCAAUGGCGGCGGCGAAGAAACUACUUUUUCCGUCAAGAGAGGAGACGGUGCUGAACGUUUGCGGUUUUCCCGAGAACAGUUGCUUCAGCUGAAAGAGUCGAUCCAAGUCUCUGCUGAUAUUCUGAGACGCAGUAAGGAAAUCGCGGCUGAGCUUUUUGGCGAAGAGCAGAGCUGGGUUGAUCGUGCAGCUGAGAGUAAACCAUCAAAUCAACUUCAGAAUCGUUAUUCCGAUAACCGUGACUGGCAUAGUCGUGCUCCGAUCCCAACUCCUGCUAAAGAAUGGUCAAGGGACGAAGCUAGAGAGGCUAAAUAUCCAUCCGGGUCUAACCAAGCGUCUGGUCCUCCCCCUGUGCUGUUGAAAGCAGAGGUCCCAUGGUCAGCUAAAAGAGGAGCUCUUUCAGAUAAGGACCGAGUCCUCAAGAGCGUGAAAGGUAUUCUGAACAAGCUUACGCCUGAGAAAUAUGAGCUCCUCAAAGGUCAAUUGAUCGACUCUGGCAUCACUUCUCCGGAUAUUCUAGAGGGAGUGAUACAGCUAAUUUUCGAGAAUGCUGUACUGCAGCCCACAUUCUGUGAGAUGUAUGCGCUUCUGUGCUGUGAUAUCAAUGGCAAGCUCCCUUCGUUUUCAUCUGAGAAACCUGGUGGGAAAGAAAUUACUUUCAAACGAGUCCUUUUAAAUAAUUGCCAAGAGGCAUUUGAGGGUGCUAAAAAAGGGAUGGAAGAAAUCAAACAGAUGACCAAUCCAGGCCAAGAAAUGGAGAGAAUGGAUAAGGAGAAAAUGGCGAAGCUCAGGACCAUAGGGAAUCUCCGUCUGAUUGGAGAGCUUCUGAAGCAAAAGAUGGUUACCGAGAAGAUAGUUCAUUUUAUCGUCCAAGAGCUUUUAGGAGAUGACAGUAAAGCUUGCCCAGCAGAUGGAGAUGUCGAGGCUCUCUGCCAAUUUUUUAUAACCAUAGGGAAGCAACUUGAUGAAAACCCAAGAUCUCGAGGUGUGAAUGACAUCUACUUCCAGCGGUUCAAGGCUCUAGCAAUGCACCCUCAGUUAGAGCUGCGUCUCAGGUUUAUGGUCGAAAAUGUUAUUGAUCUUCGAGCUAACAAAUGGGUACCAAGGCGUGAGGAGGUGAAAGCCAAGAAAAUCACUGAAAUUCAUUCUGAGGCAGAAAAGAGUCUUAAUUUACGCCCAGGUGCAAUGGCAAGUAUGAGAAACAACAACAACAACCGUGGUGCGGUUUCUGGUGCAGAUAUUGACUCUGGAAACAUUCUUGGCCGUCCUGGUACUGGAGGAAUGAUGCCUGGCAUGCCGGGAGCUAGGAAGAUGGCAAUGGAUGAAGACGGCUGGGAAACACCACGAACCCGGUCCAUGCCAAGAGGCAAUAGACAGACGCCUGUUGCUCGUGUUCAGCCUCCUCCCGUUAUCAACAAGUCACUCUCAGUCAACUCAAGGCUGCUUCCUCAGGGCAGUGGUGGCCUCCUUAAUGGUGGUAGUAGGCCAAGCGCCCUUUUGCAAGGUAACGGUUCUAGCUCAGCUCCUCAAGCCCUUAAACCCGUUCCAACCAUUGAGAAGCCACAGCCACAGCCACAGCCACAGCCGCUGCCACAGCCUCAGGUGGCUCCUGUGGCUAAUAGCUUGAACACAGGAGAGCUUGAAAGAAAAACCAAGUCGCUUCUUGAAGAGUAUUUCAGUGUUCGUUUAUUGGAUGAGGCAUUGCAAUGUGUUGAGGAGUUGAAAUCCCCAUCUUACCAUCCGGAGCUCGUCAAAGAAGCGGUCUCACUUGGUCUGGAGAAAAACCCUCCGUUCGUUGAACCAGUUGCCAAACUGUUGGAACAUCUGAUCUCAAAGAAUGUUCUGACCUGCAAAGACUUGAGGAUGGGCUGUUUGCUCUACGGUUCUAUGUUGGAUGACAUCGGAAUCGAUCUUCCAAAAGCACCAAACAGCUUCGGAGAGAUCCUUGGGAAGUUGGUCUCAGCUAAAGUCUUGGACUUUGAGCUGGUUAAAGAGGUUCUGAAGAAGAUGGAAGAUGAAUGGUUUAAGAAAACCGUGAUUGAUGCGGUGAUAAAGAUCGUUAAUGAGAGUCCAUCGGGACAGUCUCUGUUGGAUUCACAGGCAGCGGAAGUGGAGGCUUGCCGGAGUUUGCUAUAAAAGUUAUAUUUAUGUUUUUGCCGUGGACAUCUUUUUCUGAGUAAUCUGAAUAAUUUAUUUUAUAAAACUUAGUGCUAUCAUAUACUUGGAAGAUUUAGUUUU